AUGGCUAACAAAGGUGGUCCUGAAACUGAAGAACAAACCAGAUUAAGGUUUCAAGUAGAACUUGAAUUUGUACAAUGCUUAGCUAAUCCAAAUUAUUUAAACUUUUUAGCUCAACGCGGAUACUUUAAGGAUCAGUCUUUUAUUAAUUAUUUAAAAUAUUUACUGUAUUGGAAAGAACCAGACUAUGCAAAGUUUAUUAAGUAUCCUAUGUGUUUGUAUUUUUUAGAUCUUUUACAGCAUGAACCAUUUAGAAAAGAAAUAGCUACCGCUAUUUGUUCGAAAUUUAUUGAUGAUCAGUUGUUAUUGAUUUGGCAACAUUACACUAGACGGAGAACCAAAUUGAUUCAUACUGCAUAUGAGCACAAUAUGAAUAUGAUGAAUAAAUCUGGUGCAUCGAACAUUGGACAAGCACAAACUAAUGGCACAAAUGGAAUUAUGCCAGCUUCUAUGCCCAUUCCCAAAGUCAUGCCUCCUUAA